AUGCACGAUGCCGCGACAUUGGGGGCGCUGGACAGCACCGCCAAAACGCUGGAUGAGCAAAAAACCAGGCUGCAAGACUUGCGAGAGGAGCCAGCGCGUUUGCUCAAGCACGUGCGCCGCCAAUUGACACGCCGCCUCAACGUGUCUGCCACUACGCCAUUCCGGCAGGAUGGUUUGCUUGAACUCCCCAACCUCAUCGGGCUCGCCAAGCAGCGGCAAGACGCCUAUCAGCAAGAACUGCGCGACAUUGAAGCCGAACGGCAAGAGCUCACGGCAACGCGCCAAACAUGGCUGGAAACAC